AUGAGUGACCUCUUGCAGCGUGCUCUGCACUCCCAUGUCCCCUACUCCCGCCCGUCCACCCCCAUCGCCCAUGAGCACCAGAUUGGCUUCGUGGGCCUUGGUGCCAUGGGCUACAUGAUGGCAAGGAACCUGGCAAAUGACCGCGAAGUAGGAUCAGUACCGAUUCUCGUCUGGAACAGAUCAGUAUCCAAGUCAGAAGCCCUCCAGAAGGAACUAGGGGAGGGCAAAAUCCGUAUUGCUCAGAACGUUGAGCAGAUCGCACGCGAGUGCGAUGUGAUCAUCACCAACCUCGCCAACGAUGCGGUGGUCAAGGAGAUUUAUCAAAAGUUCUCGGACGCACUAAAGAGCUCACAACCGACAGGGAAGAAGACGUUCGUUGAAACAAGCACGAUAUACCCAAGUCUCGCAGGCGAACUUGAUCGACUCAUUACCUCCAACCCUAAACUCCACCUCAUCACCUGCCCCGUAUUCGGGACACCCGCUGUCGCCGAGAUGGGCCAACUUCUCAUUGUGAUGAGCGGUGACUACUUGGCGAAGAAAGAGAUCGCACACCUAUUUGUGCCUGCCGUUGGUAGGAAAGUGAUUGAUCUAGGCGGUAACUUGGAGAAAGCCCCAACGUUCAAGUUGAUCGGUAACUCGAUGAUCCUUGGGACUCUCGAGGUGCUUGCGGAGAGCCUCACACUGGCAGAGAAAUCAGGCAUUGGCUCGCUACCAGUUUUGGAACUCGUAAAGGAUCUCCUACCUGCACCUGCAAUCGUGGCUUGUGCCGACCAAAUUGCGCACGACAAAUUUGACGGAUCGGUUGGCUUUGCUAUUGACGGGGGAAUAAAAGAUGCAGCGCAUAUUCGCCACCUUACUGCCGAACACAAUUCCCCGAUGCCCGUCAUUGAUAUUGCGCAUCAGCACCUCAUCACCGCUCGUGCUAUCCACGCUAAACAGGCAGCCCAAGGCAAAGAGAAUUUCAAGACGUUAGAUUGGAGCGGUUUGGUUGCUGGCCCACGCGUUGCUGCUGGCCUUGACGCCUUUGAUAGCCAAAAGCAUGCCAACGUCGUGAGGCCCGAGAAGAUCGACGACGACGAGUAG